CUGCCACCCGCGUCCUCUCCCAUACUUAUACCUACCACGCCUUUGGAAAAUCAAUCAGCGAGCGCGCGUCAGUCGCUUAGGAGCGUUCGCAGUAAAAUCACCUGUUGAUUUUCUUUUUCUCCAUCUGUUUGUCGCUUGUUGCUUCGGGGUCAGAGUAUAUCUAACUCACCGCACUUGCAUGCAGUUUCUUAGUCAUACCAAACUACACCAUUCCAUAUGCCUAACGAUUAUCCAUAUGAAUAUGAAAUUUGUCAAGACAUGGAUCAAAUUGGUGAACCAACCCAAGCUCAAAAAUUAGAAGGAUUUAGUUUUUUAUUUUACUUGACUGAAGGUACUGGACUGUUCUUAAUAAUACUAGUAGGAAUAUGGCUUGUUCAGUAUCGAAAUGGCUUUGGAUGGACUUCUAUUCCAGAGCUUGAAUUUAAUUGGCAUCCUCUUUUAAUGACUAUUGGACUUGUUUUUCUUUAUGCAAAUGGAAUGUUGAUAUACAGAUCACAAAGAACAAUACGUAAAAGACGUCUAAAGCUGAUACAUGCUGGAAUUAUGAUUUUUACAUUGUUACUUACAAUUAUUGCUCUUGUCGCAGCUUUCGAUUCGCAUAAUUUAAAAACUCCUCCUAUUCCCAAUAUGUAUUCGCUGCAUAGUUGGGUGGGUUUAGCAAGUGUGAUAUUAUUUUGCUGUCAGUGGGUUGCAGGAUUACUUUCCUUUCUUUAUCCAACAAUCCAAGCACCACUGCGAGCUGCAUAUUUACCAAUCCAUGUGUAUUUUGGAACAGCUGGUUUUGUUGCUACUAUUGCUGCUUGUUUAAUAGGAUUAACAGAAAAGGCAAUUUUCAGUUUGGAUUUUAAUAAAGUCCCACCACAUUAUCGAGAUCUUCCUGGAGAAGCAGUAUUAAUUAACAUAAUUGGUCUGAUAUUUGUUAUUUUUGGUGCUCUAACUGUUUAUUUGGUAUCUCAAGAAAGGUAUAAAAGGCUUCCUCAACCUGAAGAUGAUGUACUUUUAAAUAAUAGAAAUUAAUUUUAAAAACGCCAAGAUCUCUAACAAUUCCUGAAAAGUAACAAUCCAAAUAUAAUUAUAAAUUUUAUGCAAAUAUUGAUGGUGCUCAAAAACGUGCUUAAUAUUUUAAAUUAUUGUUAAAUAUCUAUUUAUGUACUUAUAAUUGCAUUUAUUUUUAUCAAAUUUCAUUAUUUUUGCAGUUAUAGAGUUUUCUAUUGUUGCAAUUUAUUAAUUAGUUUAUUACUUAUCUGAAAUUCGUAAUAAUAUUCAAUUUUACAUACAAUAAUUGUUAGUAAUUAAUUAAUUAUUAUAAUUAUAAAAAAUGUCACUACAGUGGUGCUAAAAGUGGUGUCAUUUAAAAUUUUGUGAUUGUUUGUGAUUUGUUGAGACUAUAUAGUAUUGCUUUUGUACGAAUUUCUAUUCUACAGAAAUUUUUAAGUUACGUAAAAGCUUACCAAAUGGGUAUUUGUGUACCUUAUAUAUUUUGAUAUUGUAACUCGUGCAUCUUAUACUUAUAAUAAAUAAAAAUAAUUCUAAAUAAAACACUG